GCAGUGAAACCGUUCCAAAACCAGCAAGUCUGAGCAACGAGCCUUGUAAACGUCGCUGGCAGCAACAGUUGUUUGGCAAAGGAAUAUCAUGACCUUUGAUUUACUAAUUUAUUUUUGUCGGUCUCGUUUCUCCCAGUAUCUAAUGUGUUCAUUCAUGCGCUUUUUCCACUUGUUUGUACUUGUCUGUGCUUGUUGUCCCUGCUCAUCUGCACCUGCCAGCACUAAUUGUCGUAUCUCCCUACUUGAUUGUGUGUGCUGUGGGCCACCGCAUAUUUCUGCUUCUCUACCAUGGUUUGCACUGGUCUGAAGCUGUCUGCACA